AAGGACCCCUGUUGUUUUGGUUUUGUCAUAGCAGUGCGUGGUUUGAUUCCCGCCUGUGCAGAAUUCCGCGUUCUCGCGACCCUCAAAUCGCUGCAGGGGAAGCGCGUUUUAGGCACUUUGCUCUCUCAGCUGGUUGUUUUCUCUGCGUGAGUUUGGUCGGUGUUGUGGAAUAUGGAUCCACGGAAAGUGUCGGAGUUAAAGGCAUUUGUGCAGCUGUGCAAAGACAAUCCAUCUGUGCUGCAUUUACCAGAGAUGGGCUUCUUCAAGAGCUGGCUACAGGGAAUGGGAGCAGACAUACCAUCACCAACAAAGAAUGACAGCUCAUCAUGCAAGGGAAGCUGUCCAUGUGAUGGUGCCCCCAGAGCAGCGCCAGAGCCCAAACCCGAACCUGCCCUGCCAUCGGAGAGUUCAGAGAGUGAAUUAGAAAUUGACAAUGAAGGAGUGAUUGAGCCUGACACAGAUGAGCCUCAGGAGAUGGGCGAUUAUGAAAACAUGGAGGUCACAGAUGAGAUGAUGGACCAGGCCCAUGAGAAGAAGAAUGAGGCUAUAGGAGUGUUAGGAGACGGUGACCUACAGAGAGCUCUAGAGCUCUUCACAGAGGCCAUCAAACUCAACCCGAAACUGGCCAUUCUGUAUGCCAAAAGAGCCAGUGUAUAUGUGAAAAUGCAGAAGCCCAACGCUGCAAUCAGAGACUGUGACCGAGCUAUCAGUAUCAACCCAGACUCAGCCCAGCCUUAUAAGUGGAGGGGGAAGGCACACAAGUUGCUGGGUCUCUGGGAGGAGGCCGCUCGAGACUUGGCCAUGGCCUGUAAACUGGACUAUGAUGAAGAGGCCAGUGUCAUGCUUAAAGAAGUCCAACCAAAGGCCAACAAAAUUGUUGAGCACCGGCGCAAAUAUGAACGCAAGCGUGAAGAACGAGAGAUCAGAGCACGGCAAGAACGAGUGAAGAAAGCAAGAGAGGAGCACGAGAGAGCACAGAGGGAAGAGGAAGCCAGACAACAGGCUGGAGGGGCACGUGGAGGAUUCCCAGGAUUCCCAGGAGGUGCUGGUGGAGCUCCUCCGUUUGGAAUGCCUGGACUUAAUGAGCUAUUUAACGACCCAGAGGUUCUCAUGGCCAUGCAGGACCCAGAGGUGAUGGCAGCGUUCCAGGAUGUGGCGCAGAACCCCGCCAACAUCUCCAAAUACCAGAGCAACCCCAAAAUCUUGGCCGUGAUCAACAAACUCAGCUCCAAAUUUGGCGGCCAGCAGCCUUAAAAAGGGCUGAAAGAGUUCAGGUCCAGUUCCAAUACUCUGCUGUAGCUUUUUCUCACUGGGUUUCUUUCCAUAAAUUACAGACAGCACUUAGCUUAAGAGCCAUGUGAGAUGCUGAUUUUAGACAAGUCUGUGCUGAUGAAGGAAGAAGAAACUAUGAAAGAGUAUCGGAACAAGACCAGAGAUGUGGCGCAUUUUGGGCGGGGUGGGGGGGAUUCGCUUGAAAUAAGAAUUGGGAUUAUUCAUUUAAAGUUUUGUUGGGGACAAACUAUAUUGUGGGCUUCACUGAGGUGGACACAUUUAGCACUUCUGAUCCUGGUCUCUUCUCCAGAAUAUUACAGGUUUUGGAUUUGAGCCUAAUCCAGCGGACAGUUGCUGCAUUAACAAACUGGAUUUAACAAAUGUGCUAUCCAUUCAGCAGCCAAUCAUUCCAGGGAUUUAGUAUUAAUUAUGAUCACCUUCAUCCAUUCAGUUUGCUACAUAGCUUGUUUCUGGUCUUAUCCAGUGGGAUCCGGAUCAAAACGGGUCUAGAUUAUAUUUAUACAUAUUAAUACAUAUUCCCUGUCCAAAGCAAUCAGUCAUUCACUUCCUGUUUAGAUUUCAUGGGUGUUUCUUUUAAAGGUUUUUUAUUUUGCUCUCCUCACCCUCAGUGUAAGCUAACAUUGUUUUGUUUUGUCUCUCAUAAAUGCAAAAAGUGAAAAUUCAAUCAUGAACAACUUUCUUAUUGUGACAAAUUAGCAUCUUGUAUGUAUUUCACCAUUUAAUUCAAUAAACAUUUUGGUUGUUGCAAAUGU